UGGGGGCCGUGAUUGGUGCCGAAGCUCCUUGAAAAAGCCUAGAGGAGAAGUUUGCUGCAGACUUUAGUCACAAGAAGCGAGGGAGGCAAAAGUUUUGUGUGCGCGUCGUGCCGAGUGGCCGUGUCCGCUCGCUUGCCGUGAGCCAUGUCGUGCGUGGAGCUGCAGAGGAUGAGGCUGGGACCCAGCCUGCUUGAGAAUGCCUUUGCCGGCGAGCUGCUGAGGCCGGGCCACUGGGCGCGCAGCUGCCGGGAGAGAGUCCCUGCCGCCUGCCGCCUGGAGGCCAGCGCCGGCCCAUCCCCCGCCGCUCGGCCUCCACUCCCUGCCCAGCACAGGAUGGAUUUGGAAGGGGACGAGAACAGGCUGCACACUUGCUCGAAAGGGAUGAAACUGGAUUCCAUGGUUCAAGAUGUAUUCAGUGCGUAUGGCUGCCCCUUGGCCAAGCGGAGGAAGGGGGAAGAGACGGACGAGGACGAGCCGCCCGUGAAGAGGUUGUCCUCGGAGGGCUCACCCCAGGGUGACACGAGACCCGUGUCGCAACAGCAGCAUCAAGAGGGCAAUGCCAACGAGGUGGGCGAAACGACGGCCCAGGUCAAAGAGGGAGGACGACCGCACCGGGUGGACUCGUGGGCGAGAAGGGACCCCGCGGAGUCGGGGCACGCGGCGCUGCUGCCCGAGAGGGGGUGCUUACGGGACGACCUGCGCUCCUCCUCCUCCUCCUCCUGCUGCUCCGCCUCCUCCUCGUCCUCGACUGCCGCCACCGCCGCCGUCGCCCGCGACGCUCCAGGUACCCUUUGCUCGCGACGCACGGCACCGCCGUGGCCGGCGCCUUGACGCGUCGACUUCCUGUAGAACGGUUCCAGUUUCACUGCGUCGGUUUCCGCGGUGGCUGUACGGUGCUCUGAUGUGAUUUCGGGUCCUACCGUGUGAUGUCCGACGUUUUGCUCCUCGUUCUAAGAGCUUUAGGAACUGUAAUGAGCAGUUGACUUCUGCGCUCGAUGAUAAAGCAGCACUGGAAGCUGCUGCUGCUGCUGCUGCUGGUGUUGCUGGUUUUCGAGCACAAUUGGUGCUUUUGCAUUUAGUAACCCUCAAGGGAGGGUGAGCUGAAUUGACCCCGAACUCGGAUGUGAACUUCACCUUCAUUCUGAUCCGUGCUCUGUUACGACGAACUGCAAACUUCACGAAUGCGAGGGCAGCGUCGGGCGUUGCUCCGCGGCUUCGGGCGUUUUUCGAGCGCGCGGUACCGAGUCGCCCGCGCCAACGGCCGCGCUCCUCGCUUGCGUUUUUGGCAGUGGGCGAGGCGAACGCCGGCGGCGGCGGCGGCGGCGGCGGCGGCGCGUGGACCGACUCGGAGGGCAAGGCCGUGGAGGACUACGACGAGAUCGUGGCCAACUCCCUCCUCAACCUGGGCAACAUCGCGGUGGGGAGCAUGGCGUGCGCCCCUCCCCCGCCCGGCGGGACGGCGCCGCGCGACGGGAGCUCGCGGCUCGCGGCGCGCGA